CUCACAAAACACAAUGCUGGAAAUAAUCAGAUUAAGGCCAUUUAUGCGCGAGAUUAUAAAGGCAAGUGCUGAGAGGCAGAGCGUGUAGACAGAUAUAAAGACAUCUGGUCACUUCCAGGGUUGGGCUUCUCUCUCUCUCUUCUCCCUCUCUCUCUCUCUCUCUCUGCUCUCUCUCUCGCGCACGUACACUCUUGGUCUUUGCCGGUAACAUACACAGCAGCAGUUUACAGUUUACAUCCUCUCAAGAUUAACUCGGUGGUGAUCCAGUUCUGCCAACAGAAAGAAUCCAGUAAGGUUUACGAGUGUCAUUGGUUACACAGUUUCAACGAAGUAAGCUGCAAUGUUCUACUUUCAUUGUCCUCCACAAUUAGACGGAGAAUGCUGCCGGACUAAUACCUUAAACACCAGCGGUUUCUCAAACCACGCCACGGGGGACUUCGAUGAUGGUUUCCUACGCAGGAAACAACGGAGAAACAGGACAACAUUUACUUUACAGCAGUUAGAAGCAUUGGAAGCAGUAUUUGCACAGACACACUACCCAGAUGUUUUCACGAGAGAAGAGUUGGCGAUGAAAAUCAACCUCACAGAAGCGAGAGUCCAGGUGUGGUUCCAGAAUAGGAGGGCCAAAUGGAGGAAGACCGAAAGAGGCAGUUCGGACCAAGAGGGGGGUAAGGAACAGUUGAAUGACGGCACACCCCCUGUUAGAAAUUUGAAUUCACCUUCCCCAAUCGACCAGGCUAAGAAUAAAAAGGAACAUUUGGAGAUACAACAAAGUUUAAACAGGUCAGUUGGUCCCAGUGGUCCGUUCUUCCAGUCCUGCUUGCCUGGAACACUUCUCAAUACAGCUACAUAUGCUCAAGCGCUUUCCCAAGUUGCUACCUUAAAAGGGAGCCCACUCUGUUCUUGCUGUGUCCCAGACCCAAUGGGCCUUUCCUUCUUACCCACGUAUGGAUGCCAGAGUAACCGCACGGCCAGUGUGGCAGCACUGCGGAUGAAAGCACGGGAACACUCUGAAGCUGUGCUUCAAUCAGCCAACCUCCUCCCUUCCACAAGCAGCAGCCCUGCCCCAGCAACCAAGCAACCCACGCAGGAAAACAGCCCUGACAAGUCAAACCGCUCCAAGGAACAGCUAGAAAAGAAAAUAAACUUGUGAGAUGCAAUCUUGCAAGCCAUGUAUCAGAACAAUAAGAUGCAUCAAAUUUACUCUGUGGAUAGAACCCUACUGCCUCUACAUUUAUACAGAUGCUGUGUCGUCAAUCCCUACUGAAUUAAAAGAAGAUAGUUCAUCCCCAGGGAUUAUUUUCAUCUUCCCCAACAAACUAACAGACUAUUUAUUUAUUUAUUUGUAUUUAUUAAAUCAAUGCAUUCUCUAAAUUAGGACACAUUUAUUUUUAAUGUAUAUGUACUUUUCAUAACAGAGCAUUUUCUCAUGUUUGAUCUAAAGCAAAAUAUGAGGAACUAAUAUUGUUUUAAGGUAUAAAACAAAACGCCUUGACAGCUAAGGGUGCAGUGUGCUGUUGUACUAACUAUUACAAAGAAACAUAUGGUCAACAAAUUAUACUGACAAGUGCAAAAGAAAGAAUAAAGAAGCAUAUCAUCUUUGGAUAUCAGGCUUAUAUAAACUAUACAGCUACUGUUACCUGUAACCUUUCAGUAAGAAAACAAUGUAAUACAAGGUUUCUUAUUUAUAAAUCUUGUUUCAUGCAUUCAGUUAUUUAAAAUGCAUCUGUAAUGUGCCAAGAAUGCAGAGUAUACAAACAUGUGGCUGUAUUUCUGUUAAUUACAGUGAAUGCUUUUUUCAGAUAGAAGCUUAAAUCUAAUAUAAAAGAUUUUCUGAUACAAAUUUGCAUUUCUGAUACAAAUUUGAGUAGUAAGGUGAACAAAAAAAAAUUACAUAUCAUUACCUAUUCCUGUGCUUGUUUGUUGUAUUAUAUAAUAAUUAUAGAGAUAAACAUUAAUGUAACAAUAUAAAUCUCUCGUAGCCUGUUGCUUGAGCCAUCUGGCUCUUAUUAAUAAUUUACUUUCCUGUACAACUGGAGAAAACGUCAAGAAACAAACAACGGUUGGUUCCUUAAUUUAUUUACUUUGAGGAACUCCACUGCCUUUUAAAAAUGGAUACAUUUCCAUUUAUUGAGUCCAUGUACACUUGUACACUAACACUUCAUAACUAGGGUUCAUGUACACUAAAACUUCCUUCUAACUGUUUGAUUAAAUUCUUGUUUCCUCCAGAAAGGUACAUAAAUAAGAGAACUGUUCAGCAAAUUAAGAAUACUUAACAGCAUUGCAUCUGUAAAGUAGUUAGGCUGAUUAAAUUUUGUGUCCUUGAGGAUUUUCAGAAAAUUACUUUUGAUCGUCAGUAACACAAUUAAGUAAACUACACGCACAUUAGCAUGAAUAAUUGAUAAGGAAUUAUGUAUUACCACGAAGUAGUGAUUUAAUAAUUCAUGAUGCGACACCCUAGUGAAUCUGCAGAACUAGAUAACGUCAAAAGUCUUGCCUGGUAUCGCUGGGAGCACUGUGCAAAUACAGAUGCUAUGUUGUUUGGUUGUGUAUAAAAAGUAUGUGGUGCAUGAUGUGGAUUUUUUGUACAAAUCAUAUUAAUAAAAUGAAGGAUUCAGAUAAAUUAAAAUUGUAUUUAUUUGGAAUAUCAAA